CGGUAGAUUAUCCAAUCAGGUACGUCGUACUUGUAGGUUGUGCCCCCACACCUUGGUGAUAAAAGUGAUGUCAUGACAAAGAAGAGUUCAGGGCUGUUUGCCGCCAUGUCACGCUUUAACCGUCUUCAUUAUUUGUAAACUUAAGGAUCCUGAAAAUCAUUAUAGGACAUUGAAAUGAACUGUAAAUACUUCAGAGGGUAUCAAUGAACAACUACUGUACUUCAAAAAUGGAUUCUGCCCAAGAAAAUCUACGGCGAGAAUUAUACUUCCUUAUUGCUAAGUUGUUAAUGAGUGGUCCAUGUCAGCGUUCAGCCAAAGCAUUAUUGGAAGAACUCGGCGAGUACGGACUCUUGUGUCAACGUUUGGACUGGAAAGGCAACUACCAUCCCCAAACCUUCCAAGAAAUGGUAAAUCAAAACACACACAUCAAUGAUGAUUUUUUGGUUCAAAUAUGCUCUCGCAUUGGUCCUUUACUUGAAAAAUGUGUACCAUCCAGUGUUAAAGGUGUCUGCUCUCUGCUUGGUGCUGGAAGGCAGUCAUUACUUCGAAGUGGAUCAGAAACUGUAAGACCUACCUGUCUGUCACUGGCUGCCUCUCAAAAUGGAGCACCUUUACUACCCCCUAUUGAUGAAAAGGGACUGUGUCCUAAUCUAGCUCAGAGUAUAAUUAGUCGAGAAAUCAGUGGUUUUAAAAACAAGAGACUUCUGGCUCAACCAAAUACUUACAGCAAACAAACUAUGCAUCGCAGGAUUCUGGGUCAUUUAUCAGCAGUGUACUGUGUAUUGUUUGAUCGGACCGGACGCUGUAUUAUUACAGGUGCUGAUGAUAGCUUGGUCAAGAUAUGGUCCACYAGAGAUGGUCGGCUAUUGGCCACCUUACGAGGCCAUCAGGCUGAAAUAACUGAUAUCGCAAUCAACUAUGAGAACACUCUGGUUGCUGCAGGUAGCUGUGACAAGAUAAUAAGAGUGUGGUCGCUGAAGACGACUUACCCAGUAGCAAUCCUCCAAGGACAUACUGGCAUGAUAACAUCACUUGCAUUUUGUCCAUCUCCACUGAAGGAAUCAAGGUAUCUAAUGUCUACUGGUGCAGAUGGUACUGUUUGCUUUUGGAAGUGGGAAGCAACAAACCUAACCUUUGAUCUUGUUCCUGUUCGAUUUAUGGAGAAGACAAGACCAGGGACACAGAUGGUUUGCUCUUCAUUUAGUCCAGGAGGAAGCUUUCUUGUUGCUGGAAGUACUGACCACAUCAUUAGAAUGUAUCAAAUGACUCCAGGUCCUCCAGAAAAAAUGGCAGAACUGGAUGUGCAUACUGAUCAUGUUGAUAGCAUUCAGUUCAGUCACAAUGGUGAGAAGUUCUUGAGUGGCUCUAAAGAUGGAACAGCAAGGAUCUGGUAUUUCAGAAGAUCAAAAUGGGAAAAUAUUUUAUUGGACAUAAGCAAAACACUGUCAAAGUGGGUAUUGAGCAGUAUGAGGACUCUUGUUCAUGUACUAGAGGGUCAUCUUGAUGAACUGUUUGUGCUUGAAGCUCAUCCAUUAGAUCCUCAUCUUUUCUUAAGUGCAGGCCAUGAUGGGUUGGUAAUUCUUUGGGAUUUAAGAACAGGCAAGAAAAUUACAACAUUCUUUAAUUCUAUUGAAGGUCAAGGUCAUGGUGCUGUGUUUGACUGUAAAUUUUCUCCCGAUGGCAUGCAGUUUGCUUGCACAGACAGCCAUGGUCAUCUUUGUGUGUUUGGUUAUGGUUCAAGUGAACCCUUUGCCAAGGUCCCCAGCGAACAGUUUUUCCAUACUGAUUACAGACCUCUUAUCAGAGAUGCUAAUCACUAUGUUCUAGAUGAACAGACACAGACUGCACCACACUUGAUGCCUCCGCCAUUUCUUGUGGAUGUUGAUGGCAACCCUCAUCCUCUUCACUAUCAGAGACUGGUACCAGGUCAUGGUAGUAAUGUACGCAAUGCACCACAACCACCACCACCUCCUACCCCAAGGGCUGAAAUUGCCCCCUUACUGGCUGAAAUUGAGGAAGCAGAAAACAGAAGCAGAGCUGCAGUACAAGUACCACCAGGUUCACCUCCCCAUCAAGGAGCAGGUUUGCAGCCUCCCUUGCAGAGCCCAGGAGGAAGCAGGAAUUAUGGCAUGAGACAAAGUGGUGACGUGGAAGGUGUCAGACAAGCACAAGGGAAUGUGCCUGUUAUAGAAGAUGUUGCUGAGUCUGAUAUUGCUCUGUGGAGAAAACGAACCAUUGUACCUGACAGAAAACCAAGUGCUGUCAAGUUUGAUGAGGAGAGACGUCUCUAUCUUGGAAGAAGUGAAUUGACAAAUUACCUGAGAGAGAAGAAAAAGYGCCCCCAAGCAACAGCAGCAGUCAGGCUUGUCAACCAAACUAUACAGGAAAGUUUGUCCAGCAAUAAUAGAAGUCAACGUAACCAGAGAAGAACGUCAUCUCGCCAGGCAGCACGUGCACGUUCCCGUGCAACGCGUGUCCAGCGUGUGGCAAAUAGAGUAUCAUCUCGUUCUACUUAUUCUACUAGAGCUGCUUUAGCUAUGGAUAUGGAUGAAUCUGGAGAUGAAGUAGGAGUUCCAACACCUACUGACAGUGAAGAGGAAGAGGAGGAAUGGACAGGAAGUUCAAGUGAAUCAAGUGAGUACUCUGACUGGACUGAGGAUGCUGGAAUACGAUCACAAUCACAAAGUGAGAACAGAAGAACAAGACGUGUUAGACGUGUGUUCAGUACUUCGGAUGAAGAGGGUGACAUCAACCAACCCAGCUCUAGUUCUCCUCAACCAUCAAGCAGAACGAAGAAAGAAAAGAUAAGCAAGAAACCAGCUAAACCAAAAAAGAUUGCAAAAAAACCCAAACCAGAUGAGGUACAGGAUAUACUGAGUUAUUAUCAGCCACCUGAUUGGUUAACAUGUACCAAACCACGACUUUCUCCGUAUAUACCACAGAUAGGUGAUGAGGUUUACUAUUUUCGACAAGGACAUGAAGUGUAUGUCAAAGAAGUAAUGAAACACAAGUUAUACGAUAUAAAUCCCAAAAAACAAUGUUACUAUAAACUAAGGCUGAAGAGUGAGGAACUUUGUCGCAUUGUCAGUCUACAUGUGUCAUUGUGUAAUGGUCAUCCUCCUACAUUGUGUUGUUUAAAGUUAGCUCAAAUCAAUCCUGAAACAGGGUGCAGUACUGGAGGCUCUUUUACUGUAAAAUACCAUGACAUGCCAGAUGUCCUGGACUUUAUCAUAUUACGACAAUACUACGAUCGUUCAUUAGCCAGCAACUGGCAACAAGGUGAUCGUUUUCGUAGCGUUAUCGAUGAAAGCUGGUGGGCAGGUGAAAUAACGGAACGAAGCCCAUGCCAGCCUGAACACCCUGAAAGUAAUUUCCAAUGCCUUGAAGUCAGAUGGGACACUGGUGAAGUUGAGCGCAUGAGUCCUUGGGAUCUACAGCCAGUCAAUCAUCCAGGUAAUCCAGAGCAAGCCACCGGUGAAGAUGGGUCAAGUAACAUGGCGCUAAGUGAUGAAGAGCUGCAAGCACUGUCCUAUGAACCAAGUGAGACAGACUGGUUAGGGGAGGGACGUGAACAAAUGACUCAACGUAUCAUGUCAUCAAUGGAAGCAUUGUGUCAACUUAGUAUGGCUGGACCGUUUGUAUAUCCUGUGGAUGUACAAACAUAUCCUGAUUACUGGAGUAUUGUCCCUUUUCCAAUUGACCUCAGCACUAUUAUACAGAAACUAGAAAACAAGUUUUACAGAAGAGCUAAUGCAUUAAUUUGGGAAAUCAAAAUACUGGAGCGAAAUGCACGUUUAUACAAUGAAGAAGACAGUCAGAUAGUCAAGAAUGCUACUUGUCUUGUGCGAGUUCUUACAGAUUUCAUCAGGGAUAGUGAAUGUCGAGAUAUUCUUUCUCUUUGUGAUGGAAUCAAUGAAGAAGAUGAAGGAGAAGAAAUCGAGGUAACCCAUGUGUCUGAAGAAUCUAACAAUGAGGAGCCUCAAGAAGAGGGACCAAACGAUAGAGGAAAAAGAAAAAAGUCCGAGAAAAGAAAACCCAACAAACGAUUAAAACGAGAAAAAUCAGAACCAGAAGAAGAAGAGGAGCUAAGUGCAGAGACUUGGAUGUCCUCUGCUCGAUCUCUUCUUAAUUUUCUGAUGUCGCGGGAAGACGCAGAACCGUUCCAAUCGCCCGUCAACCUCCGUGAGUUCCCGGAUUACACGGAAUACGUCCAAGAGCCCAUGGAUUUUUCGACUGUGUCUGAGAAACUAGAUAGUGGAUCGUAUGCAGACCCAGACGCUUUUGUACGUGACGUCCGACUUAUUUUCUCGAAUUCCAGGGCCUAUAACACCAUACCGCGAUCAAGGAUCUACAGUAUGACAAUUCGUUUGUCAGCUAUGUUUGAAGAUCGUGUGGAUUCAAUCUUGAGUGAUUGGUACGCUAGUGCAUCAGGAGGUGCGAGACGUACUCGAUUACGAACACAACGUCUUUUACAAAUUGGAUCAAGCGCAGAUCAGGAAACCACGUCAUGGCAAGUAGUAAACUCAUCCAACCCUAGAGUACCGAACAUUGAUAAUACAGAUGAUUCUUCGGGAUACAGGGUUGUCCGGCAAGCUUCUGAUAAUGGGGAUCACUUAAGAACGACUAUACGACUCCCACCAUCCCGACACAGUACUCGGAGCACUACAUUUAAUGCUUUGCCAUCGGCACCUGCGGGGCGUGUCCCUCCGAUUAGAAUCAGAACUGUUGCUGAAGUAUCUCCCAGAGAAGAAACGAGCCCACCUGAAAGAAGAAGAGCUACCAGACAAUCUGUGCCAUGUGGAGCGGCUACCAGGAACACUCGUAAUAGAAGUACUCCAAGAAAUGAAGUCCUGGUUAAUGGAGACGGCACGGCGUCCCAUCAGUAUUCGACGCGAAGGAGCGCGAGAUUGAUGUCUGAAGAAAGCCAAGAUGCUGAAGAAGAAGAUGAGGAAGAAGAAGAAGAAAAUGAUGAAGAUGAGGAAGACGGAAAUCAAGAUAGUGAUGAUGAAGGUGGUGAAGAUGAUGACGAGGAGGACGACGAGGACGAAAGUGAAGAAGAUAGCGAAGAAAGUGAAGAAGAAUCACCAGCUGAUUCUCGUCCUUCUCGUCGUUCAAACGUACGACCCAAAAUGAGACCAACAGCCGUUCCUAAAAAAACAUCUUCACGAGGAGACAGAAAUACCAAAAACACACGGUCAAAAAGUACGAGUUCUAGUACUGGCACUGGUCGCAGUCGAGGCGACAAACGUAGAUUAAGCAGCAGUACGUCCACUGAGAUCGAGGUACAAAGACACAGUACACGAGUACGUUCAAGGCCAACACAUUUCACUUAUGCUGAAAGUGAAGACUCUGAUAGUGAAAAUGAGACAAUGAAUGUUUCUAGUCGUGGGCGAUUACGAAGACCAACCCAGAGAAUGCUAGAUUACAUAGAGUAAUAAUCAAACACCAACCAGCUUGUUGCUUGUGCUGUGAAACCUGAAAUUCUAUUUCUUUUCAGAAUUUAUACAAAUUUGUACUAUUUAAUAUUAAUAAAAGAGAUGUUUUGUAUUUUUAUUAUCAAAUUCUUUCCAAACGUUAUCAAUUACCACGUACAUUCUUGCACUCAGUCCGCUCAGUUUUGUAUUUCAACUUGAUGUACAUCAUUACUAUUUUUCUAAAUUUUCUAGAAUGAUUGUAAUAAAUCUGUCGUUCUUGUAUUGACAGCUAAUCUCUUGUUUUGUGUCUGCUUGGCGCCAGUAUGAGUGCUGCAUGUAGUAGCAGUUUAUUUGAUUGGACAAGCGUCGUAGAAUAAAUGUUAUCAACCAAUAAUAGUGAGUCAAGUACAGUGCGAUUAAUACCAUGUUUUGUUACUUCGGUGAACUUUAUGCAUCAUUUCAUGAUUGUACCAAAUCCAGCCUCAAAUAAAAUCCUUUUGACGAUCA